AUCGAUCUUCGUUUAGUUUCAGUUGGAAAUUAAUCAGUCCCGAAAAGCAACACGUAUAUGCAUAUUAAUUUUUACAGUGGUUCCUGCUUUUUUUAGAAAAUUAACGUCUGAAAGAACACCUCAUCUCAACUAGAGGAUGCCACCUUGUGCAAAUGUAACUAGCUGUACUAUCUCUUCUCAUCCUGAAUAGCUUGUUUAUUUCCAGCUGAUGACGUUGAAGAAUUUAUCUUGUUAGAAAAAAUGAAUGGUGCAUGUAGCACUAUAGUGCUUUGGUUGGUGUUAGAAGUGAAGAGUAACAAGUUUUAUGGGUUGAUCCCACAGAUAAUAAUAUGCCUGUUGGUUAUAGUUGCCCAUAGAGAUGAAGCAAAAGGGUGCCAAAAGAGAGCACCCAAAUGAUUUAUUCACAUUGAUUAAUGGUGAUGCGUGUGCCUUCAUUAGCUAGAUGCUAUAUGUUUUGACAUCCAAGUUGCUAUCUCCCUCUCCAUCUGCUCAAUUAUUUGUCCUUGCAUCGCUGGCUUGAAGGAUGAUCCAAGUGUUAACCAUAAUCUAAAUUCUUUAUUGGCAAGGAUCGCAAGUCAGGGGCUAAACAAGUGGAGAAAAUUUGUGACAUGAAUAAGCUGAGUUUAGCAUAUGGAUUUGAUGUCUAUGUGAUGGCGAAUUGAACUUUAGGUCCAACUCAAUAGAUUCUUUUCCCACUUCCAUCUCAUUUUUGUCCAAAUAGGUGGACAAAUACUUUUUGAAAUCAUAAAAUAGUUUGCAUUCUUUUUUCCUUCUUCUUUCGUGUUUCCAGUUUACAGGGAAGGGUAAGGUGAAAAAAGAACUACCUGACUCUGUUGUGUGCAUCUAGAGCUAUAUCCUACAUCUGUUUAGUUUCUCUUUCAUGACCACAUGGUCAGGUGGCGUACUUCCAUUUUAUGCCUAUCUGGUAGGCUAAAUACAUUUUGCUUACACUUGUCAAAGUCUUUCUUUUAUUGUUUGGUUUAUCUAUAGGAAAACGUUAUCUCACUUAUUGUCUCAAUAAUUUUGAGGCUGAAAAAGAGAAAAGUAUGCAUAUGUGUGCAAUCUUUUCCUUUUUAUGCUAAAAACAUUUAGCUAUUACGUGCCUGCCCAGCUUUGUCCUAUGGUAUAUGCAUUUGUCCUUAGAGCUUAACAAUGAUCUCUCUUUUCUUAUGUACUCUGGAAUCAUCAAUUCCAGGUUAAGAGAAAAGUUCGUUUUCUUUUAGUACCUUACUUUCUACCACAACAUAUGCAACCUAGUAGGUUGUCUACUCUAUCCUUCUCCCCCUCUAAAUUUUUUGAUGCUAUUUUUUAGAUAAUGGAAGAGGGUUGCAGUAGGUUAUUGGCCCUCGUAGAGAUAGUGAACUUUGCAAAUCUCUGAAUGUUGAGCCUGAAUACCGAGAAUUCAUGUAACCGAGCCAACUAGCUUUGGAUUGAGGCAUAGUUUAUUGAUUUGAUUGAUCCCUGAUAAUGUGUAUAUUAACAGGUUCACCACUUAAUCUAGGCAGGAGUAGAUGCAGUAGGAAGGGCUGAAUUCAUGCAGAUAUAUCGGAGUCGAGAAGUUGGUCAAUCAUAUAUUACCUCCAUUGGGACGACAUUGAUUGCUAUUGCACAUGCAUUGUGGUUGAUGAUCAAGAUCAGACCCAAAGUGAUCUUGUGCAAUGGCCCAGGAACGUGUGUUCCACUAUGUGUAAUUGCCUUCUUUUUUAAGGUCUUGGGAAUAAGGUGGUCAUCUGUUUUCUAUGUGGAGAGCAUUGCAAGAGUCAGGAAACUUUCUCUGAGUGGUUUGCUUCUUUACAAGCUACACAUGGUUGAUCAGUUAUUUGUCCAAUGGCCCAAAUUGAAAGAGAAACAUCCUCGAGCUCAUUAUGUGGGUUGUCUUAUGUAAAUAGAGUAGUUCCCAAGGUACGUCUCAUAGUCGACCUCCUUCGAUGCUCUUGGAGGAACUUAAUAGACUUGGUUUUCGUAACAGAUGCCCUUCUUCUCUUAGAUAGUAAUUUUGCUGUCUUCGUGAGGUAAAAGUUGAUAAUUUUGAAGUUAUAUUCACUAACUUGAAUAUACUUGUCGCGUAUAAUUUAAAAGAUCAGCAGGAUUUUUUUGCUGUCGAAGUUGGUAUUUCCUUUUAAGAAUGUUUUAGAGAACAGUAACAAGGUAGUUGAGUUGAUGAGUUUGAUGUUCAAUUGCAAUUGCAAUGCUGUGUCA